CCAGCCUCUUCCUGUCCCUCGCUGGCCAAUCUGGAAGGUUCAAGAAUGUCCUCUGUAUCCUGAGCACCACUGACUACUGCUUCUGAUGUUACCCCAGUUUCCUGGUUGGGCGGGGUUUCCUGAAAAGGAAGGGUCUUAGUGACGGGAGAGGCAGAGCCUAGAUGGCUCUUUCCCCGCCUCCUCCCUUCCAACACCUACCUCUGUGCAUGUGCGAGCUCCACUUCAGGGUCAUGGCAGCUGCUACGGUGCCUCGUCUCCCUUGUAUUUCCUGACUCUUCUGCUCCUGGGUGAGCUUCAUUUCCGAGGAGGGCUUCUCAAGCUUGGGUCCCCAGACAUUAUUGAACUACAACUCCCAUCAUCCCCAGCCACAAUGGCACUGGGGCACUAUUAAGCAAUCCCAAGAAAUCUUUUCCAGGUAGCCCCCGGUAACCCCACUCCUUCUUACCAUGGAGUCCUCUGAGGGCGGAUGGCCGCGCCUCCCAUCUGAUUCCGAAGGAGAAUAUGAAGAUGCAUCCACAAUGGGGCCCGAGACCACAGAGGAUUACAGCAACUGGAGGAACAAUAUGGGCUUCUGGAUGCUAGGACUCUGCAACAACUUUGCGUACGUGGUAAUGCUGAGUGCUGCCCAUGACAUCCUCAGCCAUGAGAAGGUGCCGCCACGCAAUAAGACAGGACCGACUCCCAUCAUUCCUCUAGAGGACAAUACCUCUCGCUAUGACUGCAAUACCAUCUCUACAGGGGCCGUGCUUUUGGCUGACAUUCUGCCCACCCUUUUCAUCAAACUCAGUGCACCUUUUUGUAUCCACUGGCUACCAUACGGUUUGCGGGUUGGCAUCUGUGUCGUCACGGCCUGGGGCAGUUUCGUGCUGGUGGCCUUAUCAACAAGCCCAGCCCAAAGCAUUAUGGGUGUUGUAUUGGCCAGUAUUUCAUCUGGCCUGGGAGAAAUUACAUACCUUGCGCUUACAUCCUUCUUUAAAAGUGCCGUGGUGUCUGCCUGGGCCUCAGGAACAGGUGCAGCCGGCCUGAUUGGAGCAAUUUCCUACCUUGGGCUGACAGAGGCUGGAUUGAGCCCUCAGCUCAGCCUCCUCACUAUGACGGUUAUUCCUCUCGUCAUGCAGGCCAGCUAUUGCUUCCUAUUGGCUCCACCCCCACAGGCUCCACGCUGCGGAUGGGGUACUCCCUCACGAAGGGGGGCUUCCUCACUAAGACGUCCAAGUAUGGGUACCCCUUCCUCAACUCACCAGCCACUCUUAGAGAGUGCAACCACAAACAAAUCCCAAAACAAUAAGCUCAGCGUGUCAGAAAAGGCACAUGUGGUCAAGAGUCUCUUAAAAUACCUCAUCCCUUUAGCUGCGGUAUAUUUUGCAGAAUAUUUCAUCAACCAGGGAUUGUUUGAGCUCCUGUACUUCAAAAAAGCAGAGAUGACUCAUUCUCAGCAAUAUCGCUGGUACCAAAUGCUGUACCAGGCUGGAGUUUUUAUCUCUCGUUCCUCUGCCAGAUGCAUACGGAUUCGGCACAUAUGGGUCCUGGCGGUGCUUCAGUGCUUGAACAUGGUGUUCCUCCUGUUUGCUGUAUACUACAUGUUUUUGCCCAGCAUCUAUUUGGCUUUUGCUCUGAUACUUUAUGAGGGAUUGCUGGGUGGAGCUGGUUACGUGAACACCUUCCACACUGUCAGAGAAGAGAGUCCACCCGAACACAGAGAAUUUGCCAUGGGAGUUGCUUGUAUUGCGGACACAUUGGGCGUAUCACUUUCAGGCGCAGUGGCCAUGCCCGUCCACAACUAUUUCUGUCGCCUGCCCUAAGGCCUGCUUCCCAGCAGGGCCAAUGUAUGCCUCGGUGUGCUGUAUCUCGGCUCCUGAGUGAUAUAGUGCACAGUACUGAGGAGGAAAAGAAACUGGAACUAUAGCAAAUGUCCUCCUCUGGCUGUGAAAAGAGGAAAGGGCUACAUGAGACUGAGGGUUCUUCCCUUCACAGAGGCUCGGUCUUCAGUGUUUAUGUUUAUGUCCAUUUUGAUUUUAAAUUAAGUGAGCAUGGGUGGAACUUGUUUCAUGUUUCACAGGGCUCAGGGAGGGUCAAUCAUAGUGCACAGAUGUGCGGUUGAAAGGGAAAUCAUGUGCAGUACUUGGGAGGAGGGAACAUUUGAUGGUUGCACAUGCAUGCCACAGUCAGCACAUCCCUAUAUUGGGAGGGAGAGGAGGCAAAGGGAUAUUUAGUACAACAUAACAUAACUGGAAGGCAUUGCAAAAAGGGGUAUGUGCGCAGAUCAUGAGUCCAUUUAGAGCUACAUGUAAAUAUAAGAGGGAAGACUUUUAGAAUGCCACAGAGUGCCACUGUGAUCAGUUUCUAUCUCAAUGCACAAUCAAUAAACCAAUAUUUGGAAAGAUGAUACUCUCAUUA